AUGACCUACAGUUCUCCUAACUAUCCCCUCGUAAUGAGAGUUAUUAGAUUGCAAAGUCGAAACAAGGCGUAUGAGAUUCAGCAUCAUCAGCACGACUGCCUGGUGAUAGGAGCGGGCGGGGCCGGCCUGCGCGCCUCGUUUGGCCUAGCGCAGCACAACUUAUCAGUGGCCCUCGUAUCUAAGUUGUUCCCCACCAGGUCGCACACCAUUGCCGCUCAAGGUGGCAUGAACGCUGCCAUAGGCAGUAUGCAUGAAGACGAUUGGAGAUGGCACUUCUACGACACAGUGAAAGGCUCAGAUUGGCUCGGUGAUCAGGAUUCAAUCCAUUAUCUCACCCGCGAAGCGCCAAACCGGGUCUUUGAAUUGGAAAACAUGGGAAUGCCUUUCUCUCGUACCAAGGAUGGAAAAAUUUACCAGCGACCCUUCGGUGGCGGAACUAUAAAAAAUGGAAAAGAAACGGCAAAAAGAACAUGUGCAGUAGCUGAUAGAACGGGUCAUUCUCUCCUUCACACGGUUUAUGGAUAUUGCACAAAGUUCGAGCACGUCGACUUCUUCCACGAGUACUUUGUACUUGACAUUCUCUGUCAGGAUGGCGCCGUAGUCGGUGCGCUCGCUAUGAACAUGGACGAUAGUACAUUGCACAGAUUCCAGGCAAAGAACACUGUGAUCACAACUGGAGGGUACCCGCGAAUGUACUUCUCGUGCACGGCGGCGCACACAUGCACAGGCGACGGCUGCGCGAUGGCCUCCAGAGCUGGUAUACCACUGCAGGAUAUGGAGUUUAUACAAUUCCAUCCUACUGGUAUGUACGGUUCUGGUUGCCUGAUGACUGAGGGUUGUCGUGGAGAAGGUGGCUUCAUCGUGAACAACAAGGGCGAGCGGUUCAUGGAGAAGUAUGCGCCGAAAGCUAAAGACCUCGCCAGUAGGGAUGUUGUGUCUAGAUCAAUGGCCACAGAAAUUCGACAAGGUCGCGGUGUUGGACCUAAGAAAGACCAUCUUUACCUCCAACUGCAUCACUUACCAGCCGAGGUGAUCAGAGAUCGUUUGCCCGGUAUCUCGGAGACUGCCUACAUAUUCACCGGAGUGGACGUGUACACACAACCUGUACCUAUUCUACCGACUGUGCAUUACACUAUGGGAGGUAUACCUAUCAACUACAAAGGAGAGGCUCUUAUUUACCAAGGCUCUGAUUGUCCUAUCCCCGGACUUCACGCUGCGGGCGAAGCGGUCAGCAAUUGUCACGGAGCCAACCGCCUCGGCGCCAACUCUAUCCUAGAUGUCGUCGUCUUCGGAGCUGCCAUUGGUCAUAACAUUGGCAGCAAGUUUAAGCCCGGAGAAAAGCAACCGCAACUCAGAGAUAAUAUCUGCGACGCAUCACUGGAUAACCUUGACAAGGUUAGAAACUCAAAGGGCUGCGUGGCACCGCACGAACUGCGCGCCUCUAUGAGGAACACCAUGCAGCAUAAGUGUGGCGUAUUCAGAGAGGCCAAAUUGCUGAAUGAAGGUAACACUGAAAUACAAAAGUGGUACAGGGCUUUCGAUCAAAUCAACGUGACCGAUCAGCGAACGAACUGGAAUACAGAUCUUAUAGAAACUCUGGAGCUUCAGAACAUGCUGCAGGCUGCUAUCCAGGUCGUUGCCUGCGCUCUCAAUAGAACAGAGAGCCGCGGUGCUCAUUUCAGGGAUGACUUCCCUAAACGCAUUGAUGAGAUGGAUUACAGCAAGUCAACUGAAGGCCAGACACCUAAGCCAAUUGAGCAACAUUGGAGGAAACAUAGCCUUUCAAUUCCCGACCUGGCUACUGGCAAAGUACACAUCUCGUAUCGUCCAGUUAUCGACAAGACUUUAGAUGAUGAGGUUAAAACCAUUCCACCAGUGCCAAGAGUUUAUUAA